CACCAAGGUGAUACGCCUUUCUCUCUCGCGUUGCCUUUGCAGGUUACUCGCGUGACUUUUAUCGGGAGUCGCGUGCCCGCUGCUAAGCGGCUGGCUCCCAGAAUACCGUGUUGUGCACUUUAUAGUGACCCGUAUUAGCGCUUUGCGAUCAACCUUGGAAAUAGUUUGCGCCGAAUGAUCGCUUGUGUUGCGAGCGCUCCGUCCCUGUCCCUGAACGGAACGGCGGACCCGCCGAUGACUUUAGACAAAGAGAUGACGGUCGCUACUACAGAGCCCGCCGGAAGCGAGACGCUCGUCGUGCGCGCGGGCAAGCAUCGCAAGAGACGUCGCGGCAAGAAGCGCCGUCAAGGCCGCGACGAUCCGGACGCCGUGCUAUCGUCGUCGGAUGCUGCUAGCCCCCCGAAACGGAGUCCGGCCAAGCGACGCAAGGAGGAGGUCGUGAUUCGUCCCCGCGAAGUGCCCAAGGCUCCGGCCAAUUUCACGCAGUUCAUCAUCGACGACCACGAGAACUGUGCCCUGUACCAAAGCUUCGAGGCGGCGUACCCCAACAAGGGUGUGCAGAACCCGGACCGCAACGGCGGCUGCGCGCGUGGAGCAGACGACGUUCACGUGUCGUCUGGUAACCACUAUCACCACCAGUACGGCACGCAUACGGACGAGUCUGGCGAAGAGGGACAGCCACAGUCGUGGUUCCCGGCCGGCGAGGACUACGAAUGCCUCGAUUACGACAACAUUGCAGAGUUUUACGAGAAGGACUUCGAGGCGGUGUACAGCAACGCGCGCUUCGACGAACUCAUGCGGUUGUCGCGCGCCGAAGUGCUCGAGAGGUACACGGCGCUGGAGAGCCGCGCCACCGAACUUUGUGACGAACUGCACAAGUUGGACCCGCAGAACUGUCUGGAGGAGCUUCAGCGGCAACUCCUGCGGUUGCAGGACGAGAACCAGUCGCUGUUGAAGCUGAACGUCACGCUACGCUCCGCAGCUACUUCCAGUCUAACCACCACCGUCACGUCGUCCUCGUCCUCUGACCACGACGACGACAGUGACCAGGGCGCCGAUCACCAGGACGAGGAAGAAGAGAGUGGCGAUAACGAGGAGUCUGAUGACAGUGGUCAUGAGGAAGAGGACAGCGGCCAGGACGCUGAAGAGGACUACAGCCGGCCCUAGUUCGCGUUUUGAGGGGCCGCGUCUCCUGUAGAUACUUUCCCCUACGGGGAAGCCUUUUUUUUAUUUUUGUAUAUUAUUUAAACACUUUUCUGUUCGGCUGCUGCUGUUUUUGGCAGUCGGCGGUAAGCGUCACCCGCUUUCCCGGUCUAGUCCUGUACAUACGCUUUUCCUUUUUUUUUUUUUUUUUCUUGGGCAGCUCACCAUUCAUCGAAGAUGCUGCAUCGCUCAUUAAAAGAAAAAUGAAGCGAAAAAAAAAAGUGACGGAAGAGAGAGAAAGAAAAAAAAUGUGGACCAAUUGCCACCAAAACAGCA